UUAAAGCCAUGACGGCUAUCCCACAAUCCAUCUCCAUCCGCCAUCUUUGUAUUAUUUCUAAUUUAUUUUAUGUCAAGCCAUUGAUGAAGAUAUUUUCUCUGGAGUCUCCUUCUUCCCGCUCCCGAUGUGACCGAGCAUGUCUCGCCGCAAGCAAGGCAACCCUCAGCACUUGAGUAAACGGGAAUUUUCACCUGAUUCCCUGGAAGCCAUUCUCUCAGAUGAAGAGGAGGAGCAUGGCACCUUGGGAGCUCCUGAGGGUGACCACGAUCUCCUUACCUGCGGCCAGUGUCAGAUGAAUUUCCCAUUGGGGGACAUUCUAAUCUUUAUUGAGCACAAAAGGAAGCAAUGCAAUGGCGGCCUCUGCUUGGACAAAGCUGUGGAUAAGCCUCCGUCACCUUCUCCCAGUGAGCUGAAAAAGGCAUCCACACCUGUCGAAGUUGGCAUACAGGUCACACCAGAUGAUGAUGAUUGCCUGUCUACAUCUUCCAAAGGAGUUUGCCCUAAACAGGAAAGCACAGCAGCAG